AUGCCUCGCUUCGAGGACUCCGAUCUCAUCCCCCGCGAUGCGGCGGCCCAGGAUCCCCGCGCCCAGGACCCCCACGGUGCUCUCUCUCCUCGGGACCAGCGUGCUGGCUCAGGUCUCACCAUCCCCUCCGCUGGCGGCAAUACCGUUGAGAUCCCCGCUACCCGCAGCUCCAUCAGCGAUGCUGCUCAAUUCAUGCACAACCUGAGCUUGGCUCCCUCCAUGAAGGACCGCCGUGGCUCGCGCAACUCUUUCGGCACCUCGCUCCCCAUUCCUCGCUCCCCCCGUAUGUCUCGUCUCUCGUCUGUGCAGCGCGGUACUCCCUCAGUCUCCAAGGAUAUCAUGGCCUCCCAGAUCCAGGAUCUCAACAAGGAGAAGACCGCUAAGGCCAAGAACUUUGCCUUCGCUUUCGAUAUUGACGGUGUGCUGGCACACGGAACCCACGCCAUUGAGGAGGCCAAGAUCGCUCUCAAGAUUCUCAACGGCGACAACGAGCUCGGUAUCCGCAUUCCCCACAUUCUCCUGACCAACGGUGGUGGCAAGACCGAGGAGGCCCGCUGUGCUCAGCUCACCGAGAUCCUUGAACAGCCCAUCUCCACCGACCAGUUCAUCCAGUCCCACACUCCCAUGCAGGCAUUGGCCGAGUAUUACGAGACUGUUCUGGUUUGCGGCGGUGACGGCUUCAAGAUCCGCGAGGUCGCCGAGAACUACGGCUUCAAGACCGUUGUUCACCCCAAGGAUCUGGUCGCCUGGGACCCCACAAUCUCCCCCUGGGCCACUCUCACCGACGAGGAGCGCGCCGAGGCCAAGCCCCGCGACUUCUCUCAGAUGAAGUUCGACGCCAUCAUGGUCUUCGCCGAUUCCCGCGACUACCAGACCGAUUUCCAGGUCAUCAUGGAUCUGCUGCUCGCCGAAGACGGCAAGAUCAUGACCAAGGCCAAGGACCCCGUCGCCACCCGCAUUCCUAUCUACUUCUCCCAGGGUGAUCUCCUCAUGCCCACCGAGCACAAGGGUCUCCCCCGUCUUACCCAGGGUGCCUUCCGUAUCUCCGUUGAGGCUCAGUACAAGGCUCUCACUGGCGUCGAUCUCGAGCGUGUGGUCUACGGUAAGCCCGAACGUGCUACCUACACCUAUGCCGACGAGGUCAUGAAGGCCUGGAUGGAGGAGCUCCACGGUGUUGCUCGUCUGCCCGAGAACAUCUACAUGGUCGGUGAUAACCCCGCCUCUGAUAUCAUCGGUGGAAACAUGUACGGCUGGAACACCUGUUUGGUCCGCACCGGUGUGUUCCAGGGCGGCGAGGGCGAGAACGACCCCAACAGCCCCGCCAACUUCGGUGUCUUCAACAACGUCCUCGAGGCUGUUAAGGCUGCCAUUGCUAAGGAGCUUGGUGCCGACUUCAAGCUCAAGUGGGAUCCCAAGGUUAACCCCGUCACUCACGGUGAGGGUGCCUCCGCCAUUGAGUAA